AUGUCCACUCCGUCGUCCGACCAGAAGGCGCAGAUGCAAGAGCAGGGUGAGGUGCCCACAGGGCCGAAGAACGAGGUUGCCCCUGCCCCCGGCGACGCCCGUGGGGACGGCAACCCCGAUCCCAGUCCCUUGGUCCCCUCGGUCUCGAGCGGCCUUUCUCCCUCGGGUGGUGGCGCCCCACACAGUGGCACGGCAGGUUCCUCUGCCUUUGCCCUGGCUGCCGCCGGCGCCAUUUUGAUCAAUGGCGAGGGCCCGGAGCUGCCCUCCAUGGGCUGUGUGCCGGAGAGGGAGUGUGCUGACCUCCAGGGCGGCUGCAGUCCCCACGCCGAGCUGAGGUGGGUGGUGCCCGGGGCGGGCCUAGGUCUCCAGGCCUCACACGCGGGCGGCGUGGCCGCCAUGGUGCAAGCCAUGAGGGGAGUUGGUCCCGCCAGCGGGCCUCCGACCCUGACCGCGAGACCGGGGAAGGGCCGUGGGAGGAAGCAGCCCGGCCGCGAGGAGGCUUCCCAGGCUCAGAAGCCUCCAGGGCGGCGCUAUCCGUUUCUUGCGCUUCCUACAGCUCAGUGCCCCGUGCCCUUGCCGCCAUCUUCUCCGGGGUCUCAGCCCAGCAACCGCCGCCGUUCUCGGGCUUCUCCAUCGGGUCACGCAUCCCAGCCAGGCCCAGUCCUCCGCAGUCAGGCCCGGGCAUCAGGCCCAGUCCUCCGCAGUCAGGCCCGGGCACUAGGCCCAGUCCUCCGCAGUCAAGUGGCCAGGCCAGGCCCUGCCCUUAAUGGCCGUGCCACCCCGCCAGGCACCGCCUUCCGUGGCCAUGCUUCCGGGUUGGGCUCUGCUCUUUGCAGCCGUGCAUCUGCACCAGGCCCUGCUCGUCGCCGUGGUGCACCUGCGCCAGGCCCUGCUCUCCAGCGUCGCCGUGAAUCCGCGCCAGGCCCUGCUCUCCGUCGCCGCCAUGUGCCUGUGUCGGGCCCAGCUCUCCGCAGCCGCAGCCGCAUACGCGGCCGGGCUUCCGCUCCGGGCCCGGCUCUUCGCAGCCGCCGCCGUUCUUCCUCGCCGGGCGCAGCUCGCCGCAGCCGCGGCCGUGCUCCCGCGCCGGGCCCGGCUCUCCGCAGCCGCCGCCGUUCUUCCUCGCCGGGCGCAGCUCGCCGCAGCCGCGGCCGUGCUCCCGCGCCGGGCCCGGGUCUCCGCAGCCGCCGCCGUUCUUCCUCGCCGGGCGCAGCUCGCCGCAGCGGCGGCCGUGCUCCCGCGCCGGGCCCAGCUCUCCGCAGCCGCCAUUCUUCCUCGCCGGGCGCAGCUCGCCGCAGCCGCGACCGUGCUCCCGCGCCAGGCCCAGCUCGCCGCAGCCGCGGCCGUGCUUCCGCGUCGGGCCCAGCUCUCCGCAGCCGCCGCCGUUCUUCCUCGCUGGGCUCAGCUCGCCGCAGCCGCGGCCGUGCUUCCGCGCCGGGCCCAGCUCUCCGCAGCCGCCGCCGUUCUUCCUCGCUGGGCUCAGCUCGCCGCAGCCGCGGCCGUGUUUCCGCGCGGGGCCCAGCUCUCCGCAGCCGCCGUUCUUCCUCGCCGGGCCCAGCUCGCCGCAGCCGUGCAUCCGCACCGGGUCCAGCUUACCGCAACCGUGCUUCCAGUAGCCGUGCAUCUGGGCCAAGCUCUGCCCUCAGUAAUCACGCCAGCCCACCAGGCCCUGCUCUCCGCAACCGUGCAUCCGGGUCAGGCCCUGCCCUCCGAAGCCGAGCCAACCCGGUAGGCCCUGCCCUCCGCAACGGCUGCCCGACUCCAGGUUUUGUCUUCCGGGGCCGCACCAUCCAGAGGUCAUUCCCUAGAAGCCGCGCCUGUCUGCCUGUGCCUACUGGCCCGAGUCCUCCUCCUUCCCCUGGGGUAGCCUUACGAAGGCUGGUGUGGCAGAGCAACUCAAGCUCUCCUAAUCCUGAGGUCCCAAGCCUUGGUGCCCAGCCUCGUUGGCAUGCAGUCCGUAUGCGUGCCUCCUCUCCCUCACCUCCUGGUAGGCUCCUUCCUUUCCCUGCGCUGUAUGGUGAGAGCUCCUCCUCUUCCUCUUCUACCUCCUCCUCCGGCACCUCUUCCCCUAAGUUUACUGGCUUGGGCUCCAUCUCCACUCCUAGUCCUGCAAGCCUGAGGCGUGCCUUGCUGCCAGAGCUUGAUGCCCUGAGCCCUCUUUCUCCAGGAGAGGAGGAUGAAACAGGGAGCAUGCCUUCCUCCCCUACACCUCCAGUGGUGUGA